AUGGCGGUCGAUCGGGGCAUCGCGAGCCCGGCGCGCAAACGACCAGAGGCGCGACAGCAGGUUUUGCAGCAAGUUCUGCAGCAGGGCGGAGCCAAGUCCGCAUCGCUUCUCCGCCGCUGGGCGAAAGAGGGACGCGCCUACCGGAGUUUGGUCUUCACAGUGGAGGAAGUCGAGGCCGCUUUGAAAGCGACCGGCCUCGCUGCCGAUGAGGCAGCUCCCACUCCAGCGGCACCAACAGCUGAAGAGGCCUUACCGCAGCCGGGUGAAGGCGUGAUGGUCCUGCUGAAAUGUCAGUCCUGGCCUCCGGAUGAGCUUUUGGAGGCAGCAGUCCGCGUCGCAGGGCAGCUGGGGCCCCUCAGUGAAGAUGUGAUCAAGCCCCAUGUACGUGGAGCACUGCUGCGCAGUCUCUAUGAGGCCUCCGCCAAAAGAGCUCGACAUCCGGACCUCAUCUUAGCAGUGGGGCAGCCGCCAGUGAAGAUCGGAGCUCAUAAGGAGAUCCUUUCGAGUUUGUCCGACUUCAUGCGGUGCAAGUUCAGUGGAGCCUUCAGCGAUGGGCUGCAGUCUUCCAGCAACAUCCCGGACCAGAGUUCCCAGGUGAUCAAAGCAGUUGUUGAGUUCCUCUACACAGGCAGCUGCCAGGUGGAAGUAGGCAUGCUCAGUGAGGUUGUGGUGCUCGCCGACUUCUGGCAGAUCCCGAGCCUGCAGAAGGCAGCCGAGCAGAGUUGGUACAGGCUUCCGAUUGUUCAUCAGAUGGAGAUCCUGGCCGGCCUCGACGAAGACUCCCGAGUGCCGGCAGCCAUGGUUGGUUCCUUGGUUGCAUCCCUUGCGAAGCACUUCAACCAAAUCGCUGACAUCAUGAAAGAACGGAACAUGGUGGCCGCCAGCUUCGAGGUCACUGCCCAAAAGAUGCCUUUGGUGGAGGUCUGCUGGCGCUUCGUCCAGGAGUUGCACGAUUGGCUGACGCAGACACCCGACGAUGCGCUGGAGCGGCUGAAGAUGUGGGUCGGCCUUGAAGAGGAUGACUUGCACGGCGCGGUGCAACGAUUCGUUCUGGAAACCCUCAAGGCAGCCUGUGCCAUGGAAUACAACCCCGGAUUCCAGCCUCUCCCGUUGCUGCGGAAGCGUCGAAUGAAGGCCUGGCUGCCCGACAAUCUGGUCAUGAAGAUCGUCGAUGAGCUUUAUGGCUUGGAACCAACUGAGGAGGAGGAUGGACAGCCCAAAGAAUCCUUGCUGGGAGAUGCCUCUGGACAGGUGCCGCUCUGGCUGACGUGGACCUACUCUGGAGGUCCCAACAUCUCCACCGUGUAUGACAUGUAUCUACGGUUGCGCUCGCUGGAGCAGGCGCGGCGCAUAAACACGGCAGAGGGGGCACCACUCGAGGUGUCUCUUGUCAUUCUCCCAGCCUUCCUGGAGCUCGAAUUCGGGACUGCCCUCGCCGAGGAGACCUACUCUGACCCAGCAGCCGCUGCUUUUUGGGAGAGGCUUUGGCGAGCAGACUGCGCCCACUCAUCUUCGGCCCUGGAGCAAGCCAUCCAGCUCAUCGGAAGCUCAGUGCUGCGAGGGAGGCACAUGCCCGCGAAGCUGCCAGUGCCUAUGGUGGCGGAGGUGCUCGAGGCUGCCACAGCCAAGGCCACCGUAGGAGCUUUGCUGAUCAAUGGCCGGAGUGCUGAGACCGAGGUCAUCGCCGGAGUUUACACGAAGCAGCGUGACGGCUUCAAGCGUGAGCAGGGCAAGCCGCUCAAACUCCGCCGUGUGGUGCGUGAGAAAGGUGAUACGAAGCUGAGAUCCAUGGACAUCGUCUGGAAAGGGCUCCCUCCAGAGUACAAGCAGGCCAGAGCCAUGUGGAAGAUCGAGCACUGUGAGGCAGAUGAGUUCGAUGCCCCACUUGCCGUGCUUCUGACCACGGCCACGGAUCCAUGCGGCGGCCGCGUUCCAUGGUGGAUUUGCCAUGCUGACGGCCGCUUCCGACCUGACCCAGCACUGAAGGUCCAAAUUGAGUCAGUGACAGACGAUGAGGACCCAUCCUCUGCUACCCUAGCCUCUGCCAGUGACCAGCCGGGCCCGGAGAGCUCGCAACCAGCAGCGCCCCCUGAUACAACGGAGUACAGCUACUACUCGAGCUCCUUGGAGCAAGAGGCAGCGAGGCCAGCCGUAGUAGCCAAGGCGCACCUGAGCAGGAAGAUGACUCCAGCUCGAGCAGCCCGCGAGAUGGGAAAGGGGCCCGCCCCUCCCGGCCAUGUGAGGAAAACAACUGCCAUACCCGUCCCCUCUCCGAGCGAGAGUUCAGGCAAUGAGGGUCAGCGUUCCCCAACGUCACCGGCGGGAGCAGCUGGAGGGGAGAAAACCCCUCCACGGGAACCUGCCCAGGCCCCGUGUGGACCCGCCCAGCACCUGCCCCGCCUACAGGGGCCCUCCAAGACGUAA